AUGGAUGGCUACAAGAAGAUCAUUGGCAUCAUUGAGGAGUCGCGCGCGUGCCUGAAGGAGGCGAGGCUGGAGCAGGCGUUCGAAGCAGCGAUCUUUCGUGGAAAACGGCGCUAUGGCCAGACCAUCGCCGGCUUCCUUGCUUCGAAGAAGGCGGCAUUCUCGGAGUUGAAGAAGCAGGGCUUGGACCUUCUGGAGACCGAUGCUGGAAACCAUUUGCUGGGCCAUUUACUCCUGAAGCAGGGCGGCUUCACGAACGAUCAACAGCAAAGGAUCCGAGUCCUGACGGACGGCGGCGUCGACUACCGCAAGGUGGAGAUCGCGAUCCGCAAGGUCUUCGGCGACACUCUGGACGAGACUCCUGCCAAGGCGUACUGGGCAGACGACUGGGAGGACGAGGACGGCGGCCUCAACCUCUUCGACGACAUGCUGGAGUAUGACCCCGAGGGCGGCCACAUCUAUAUGGUCUUGGACCACGAUGCCCCUGAGAACCUGGAGGAGACCGAGGCAAUUGAGUUCAUGGACGACUACCUGUCGUGGGUCUUCUACGAGGCUUCAAAGGGCAAGAGCUUUGGACACGGAAAGGUCCAGAAAGACUGGAACCGCAUGCGCUACCAGCAGGGCAUGAACCUUCAGCCUCCUCAACGGCACCUACACCAUGUUGUUCUUUUGGAAGGUCGAGGACAGUGGCCACAAGCGGUGGGCGUCAAGAAGUGGACGCGCUACGACAACAACGCAGACUGCUUCCGAGUCUCAAGCAGCCAAGGGCCAAUGUGGAGCGACGUCACGCGGCGGCGCGCCGUUGACUUGGACACAGGCAAGGUCGUUGCAGACGAGAAGUUCACAGGCGACGAGCGUCCCAGGAUGCUUAGCCGAGACACCCUGAUCCUGGAGUUCCUGUGGACGACCAAGCUGACCGUGGCGCUGACAUGGACGAAGACCGGAGACUCUUUGAUCGUGGACUCAAACGAGGGCACGAUGGCUCUAGCUGGACACCAUGGCACGCCGCAGCCAAAGUCCAAAAUUGGCGGCGUGUGGGUUGCAGACUGUGUGACGCCCUGGGGGGACAAGCGGAAGUUCCCUGUGAUCGCAAAUGCGCGAGACCUUCAGGCCUUCAGCAAGCUGGUUAAGACGGACGUGUUUUACACCUACUCCGAGCUCCACUCUGGAUGGAUCUGUUUGACGAAGUAG